GUCGGCGUCGCUUCGCUCAGUGUUGAGGAGGCGUCGGUGGAGGACGCAGUGGUAACGACGAACUCUCUUCGACAAGUGAGAAGAAACGAGCGCAUGAGGGUGGUACGGUUAUAAAGAAAGAAAAGGGGGUGCGAAGGAAGACACGAGAGAGGGAAGCGCACACCGACGCCCGAACGAUCUUCCUACGAACGAACGAUCGACUGAGAGAUAUCACACAUUUGUUCUUCAUCACUUAUUCCCACCCUUCCCAAUUUCUCGUUGUUAUCCCUUCCUCCGUCCCCUUCCUCGAGAUAUAUAUAUAUAUAUAUUAUCUCUCCUUAUCUCACUGUCAUACUUUCGACGACGAACAAACGAACACUGAACGAAUAACCGAUCCCUCGAGCUAUGGCCACCGCCAUGGACCCGGUCGACAUUGCGAAUAUACUCGCGCAGGAGUUGCUUUAUCAGCAGCUGGUGACUCUGGACGGAUUGCACAGCGGAGUGCCGACCAGGACGACGCCGACGCUGACGCCGACCACCCUCCGCAGCAUCGAGCAGACGUUCCUGGAGCUGACGAGCGAGUCGGCGUCGCACAGUCGCGAGGCCGGCUUCGUACCACCGUUGGUCGAACCAUCGCAGCCGACCCCGGCACAGACGCAAAACACAACGGCGGUGCAUCUCCCGGCGCCGACGACCAUCCUCAUCGAGAGCCAGCAGCAAACGCAAUCGCAACAGCAGCAGCAGCCGGUUAGACGCAAUAUGGGCGGCAGGCGGCCCACCAGAACGAUCGGGAUGACCCCCGAGGAGGAGCAGAGGCGACAGAUCCGGCGCGAGAGGAACAAGAUGGCAGCGGCGAGAUGCCGCAAGCGAAGGAUGGAUCAUACCAAUGCCCUACUCGAAGAAACUGAGGGCUUGGAACAGAAGAAACAGAACUUGCAGGAGGAGAUUGAGCAGCUGAAGCAGGCCAAAGAUGAACUGGAAUUUAUUUUGGACUCCCACAGAGCGGUCUGUCGUCGUUCGCUACGUCCCUCGUCCCCGCUGGAUGUGAAACCCGUGAUAAAGACCGAUAUUGCAGUCGAGGAUCACUUCGCUACUGAAUCUAUGAAAAACGAGCCAACGAUAAUCGCGGCAACGAGACCGAACAGACCUAAUUCAUUGCCGGUCGGAUUGGAUAACAAUAACAGACUGAAUUCCCUGUCGAUGUUUGUGGAACCAAAGGAGAGGCCGGAUACGCUUGCUUUCAAGACGGUGGAGACGCCAUCCUUCAUGAAGCCGUCGAUGGACGUAGCCGGUAUGCCAAUUACUACCCCGACCAGCGGCAUACCGUUCAACUUUGAGUCCUUAAUGGAAGGCGGUACCGGUCUUACGCCGGUCUCGACGCCUCUGAUACCGUCGUGCUCGACGCAACAGAGGAGCAAUCUGUCCGCUGUGGAUCUCAGCUCCCCGGAUGCGAAUCCCCCGAAGCUCGUGAGCUUGUGACGCCACGACGACAUUAUGGAGCACGGGUCCAACGAGGAGGAUGAUCCCGAAUGAGAGAACGGGAGUACCAUGACGCGAAGGAUUUCUACAAAUGGAGAGCAGAAGUAUUAUGCGCGUGCUCUUUACAACGAAAUUUUUGAUCGCUCUUAAAAGCUCUUUCACGCGAUUUUGCUUGUUAGAAAGCGCGGUUUUUUGAAUGCAUUUUAUUGUGAAAAUUUUGUCGAUGCUCGUUACAUUGAAGUUUGUAAACAACCUGAUGAAUUUGUUUUUAAAAUUGUUCUUGAAAAAAAGAAGAAAAUAAAAAAAAUUGUAAUUAAUAUCGAUUAUAACGCUAAUGCGUAGAAAAGAUCUAUUGUAUUUAGAUUUUAAUGGUCUGCGAAUUCGUAUUUGAUAAUUUCAGUAUUUUGCUAUUUUUAGACAAGGAUGAUAGAUGAGAGUCCUAUCAAUCUAAAAUUUUAAAUUGUAUAACUUUGUAUCGGUAUAAAAUAGUCAUCUUGUUACAAAAAUAAAUCGUAAGAGAAAGAGA